CUUCCGGCCUCCACGCCUCGCUUCCGGCUACUCUUUCUUCCUUCCGCUUCUUGGUGGUGCGCUGGCUGCAGUCUCCCGGCGCAUAAAGUGGGUCGCUCUCUGGGACCGGCUCGGGACGCUGUUCGGUGUUCAACAUCAUUUAAAGAUCACCCAUGUACCGUCUAAAGCCCCGCUCCCAGAUCAUCUUCAUCACCUUCCACAGCGGAGGACAUUCCUAUGUUAAUGUCCACAGCAAACCCUGAGGUCUCUGCUAUUUCUUCCUGACCUCACCAAACCACCAUGUCGUCAGAAUCAAGCAAAAAACGGAAGCCCAAAGUGAUCCGCAGCGAUGGAGCCCCAGCUGAAGGGAAGCGCAGUCGUUCUGACACUGAGCAGGAAGGUAAAUACUACAGUGAGGAGGCUGAGGUAGACCUGCGGGACCCUGGAAGAGACUAUGAGCUGUACAAGUACACAUGCCAGGAGUUGCAGAGACUCAUGGCUGAGAUCCAAGACCUGAAGAGCAGGGGAGGCAAGGAUGUGGCAGUUGAGAUUGAAGAUCGAAGGAUCCAGAGCUGUGUGCAUUUCAUGACUCUAAAGAAGCUUAACCGAUUAGCCCACAUCAGGUUGAAGAAAGGAAGAGAUCAGACCCACGAGGCCAAGCAGAAAGUAGACGCCUAUCACCUGCAGCUCCAGAACCUGUUGUACGAAGUGAUGCACCUGCAGAAGGAGAUCACCAAAUGCUUGGAGUUUAAGUCAAAGCAUGAAGAAAUCGAUCUGGUCAGUUUAGAGGAGUUUUAUAGAGAGGCUCCUCCAGACAUCAGCAAGGCUGAAAUCACCAUGGGAGACCCUCACCAGCAAACCCUUGCACGUCUGGAUUGGGAGCUGGAGCAGCGGAAAAGGCUGGCAGAGAAGUACCGGGAGUCCUUGUCCAACAAGGAGAAGAUCCUUAAGGAGAUUGAGGUGAAGAAGGAGUACCUGAGCAGCCUUCAGCCUCGCCUGAACAGCAUCAUGCAGGCUUCCCUCCCAGUGCAAGAGUACCUGUUCAUGCCUUACGACCAGGCUCACAAGCAAUAUGAGACGGCCAGACACCUGCCGCCUCCCCUCUAUGUCCUCUUUGUUCAGGCCACUGCGUAUGGGCAGGCCUGUGCUCAUAUGAAAUCUUCCCAGCCCCCUAGACAGGAUAAGACGUUGUCAGUGGCAAUCGAAGGCAGUGUGGAUGAAGCCAAGGCUCUGUUUAAGCCUCACGAGGACUCCCAAGAUGACGAGAGCGACUCGGAUGCUGAGGAGGAGCAGACCACGAAACGCCGGCGACCCACCCUGGGAGUUCAGUUGGAUGACAAGCGCAAGGAGAUGCUGAAGCGGCACCCCCUGUCUCUCAUGCUGGACCUGAAGUGCAAAGAUGACAGUGUGCUUCACCUGACUUUCUACUAUCUCAUGAACCUCAACAUCAUGACAGUAAAGGCCAAAGUGACAACCGCCACAGAGCUGAUCACCCCCAUCAGUGCAGGUGACUUGCUGUCUCCUGACUCAGUCCUGAGCUGUUUGUAUCCUGGGGAUCAUGGAAAGAAAACUCCGAAUCCAGCCAAUCAGUACCAGUUUGAUAAAGUUGGCAUCCUGACUUUGAGAGACUACGUGCUUGAGCUAGGUCACCCCUAUUUGUGGGUACAGAAGCUGGGUGGCCUCCACUUCCCCAAAGAGCAUCCCCAGCAAACGGUGAUUGCUGACCACUCACUGAGCGCCAGCCACAUGGAGACCACCAUGAAACUGCUGAAGACCAGAGUGCAGUCCCGCCUGGCCCUCCACAAACAGUUUGCAUCCCUGGAACACGGCAUUAUACCAGUUACCAGCGAUUGCCAGUACCUCUUCCCUGCAAAGGUUGUCUCUCGCCUGGUGAAGUGGGUGACGAUUGCCCAUGAGGAUUACAUGGAGCUGCCUUUCACCAAAGACAUUGUGGAGGCUGGACUGGCCGGGGACACCAAUCUCUACUACAUGGCACUUGUGGAAAGGGGCACAGCCAAACUCCAGGCUGCAGUGGUGCUGAACCCUGGCUACUCCUCCAUCCCACCCAUUUUCCAGCUUUGUCUGAACUGGAAAGGGGAAAAGACCAACAGCAAUGAUGACAAUAUUCGGGCCAUGGAGAGUGAGGUCAACGUGUGCUACAUGGAGCUGUGUGGCCCCCGGCCUGGCCAUCAGCUCUUGACCAACCAGCUGCAGCGCCUGUGUGUGCUGCUGGACGUCUACCUGGAGACUGAGAGCCACGAUGACAGCGUGGAGGGGCCCAAGGAAUUCCCCCAGGAGAAGAUGUGUCUGCGGCUUUUCCGUGGUCCCAGCAGGAUGAAGCCGUUUAAAUACAACCAUCCUCAAGGAUUCUUCAGCCAUCGCUGACCUCCUGCUCGGCCUGUCCUUUCCCCCUAGGCCCUCAGUGCUGUGCCUCUGCUCUCCUCGGUUCGGUUCCACAUGUGGCCCCUGAUAGUCUCCAAAGGCAGGUUUUAUAUUUCCAGCUGAUUAAAGUAUCAUCUGACCAAG